AUGGAAGAUAAGAUUGCCUCAUUACGACGUGAGAUUGCUAAGAAUAAUGACGACAUUGUUACAAGCCCGAUGGUGAACAAAACAAGACUUGAAUCGGCAUUAGUAGUGGAUGCAUUGGAUAAAAUAUCAGUUCCUACAGAGUGUGAGUUGUUGCUACCUUACGGCAUGGUGCGAAGAAGAUGUGCCAACGGACGCAUCCACCCAUUUGGAAAUGGGAUAGUACAUUCGACACCUUUACAAAAAGAUUACGUGAAGGGGAUGCACUUUAUAGUUUUAUUCAGUGGCCAAGGCAUGCCAUUCUUGUUACUAAGACCUCCCACUUGCCUCCAUCCGUCGAAAAAGAUGCAAGUCCUCCCACCAAACAAGUUGCCUUUAUUAUGGAUAACCAUGUCCAACAAUACCAAAAAAAAGCAAGCUGCUAAGCGGUUGCCAACAAUUGCAAAGAGGGCAACACAAAAAUUUGUGACACCAAAGAAACUACAAGGCAUACUAAUCAUCCGAUCAUGGUAUAGUAGUUUUACAAGCAACAAAUUCGUUGAAGAAUUUCAUGUUGAGUCAGAACUCGAUAUGUUUGGGUCGGGGAGGAUUGAAACGUACAUUAGACAUGAUGUGAUUAUAGAGAUGUUGAAUAGUGAAGAGCUUAACAUCAAUUGUAUACUUUGGUAUCAAAUAGUGUCACAUUCCAUUUUUGCAACAAAUGGGGUUAACAGAUGUGCAUAUAUAAAUCCACAGUCGAUCACUGAAACAGAAUGUGUCCAUGAUGAGCAGGACAAGACAAACCAACACAACAAUCGUGUUGUAACUGGGAUCGCUGAAACAAUGAAUUUCCAUCAGAAAUUUUUUUUCUUCCCCCAUAUUGGCAAAGUUGGAUUCAAUGGGUUGAUGUUUGUUGAAUCUGAUAAUAGUGAUGAACAUGAUUUAGGUUCCAAUUCAUUCAAUUGUCCGAAAAUUUCUGUAGAUUUGUUCAAUGGAAAUUGUUUAUGGGUUAGAGGGAGACUGGCUUGGAUUUUUGCAAAUUUGGUUUUUCUAGAUUUGAUUUUCAGAGAACUAGAAAAGAAAGAACAGGAUUCGCCGAUUCGGGAAUCGGGAUUCCAUACGAGACCAUACCUGAUUUCUGAGUUUCUAUUUUCUGUGAAUGGCGACUUCAAGACUUGGCGAAUGGCGAUGGCCGAUGGCGAGACUUCAGACUCGAGAGUGAGACCAGGCGGAAACAGCGACAGUGCGACACAAUGCGAGACAGCAACAAAGGUCACAACAGAAAGCUAG